AGCAGAAAUAACGAGAAAAAACUCGCAUAAGGGAAAGAAGGUUUCGCGUAACAUUUUUCUCGUAUUCGUUGCCUGCUUUGUACGUGGUUCGAUCUGCUUGUAGUAAAAAGAUGUGAAUGUCGCUCGCGUACCACCUACCACUUUUUGUUCAUCAUCGCAUCGUCGUCAUCGUGGCUAUUUGGAUGGUUUAGUAAUUGUGAAAAAAGGACUGAAAAACCUCCAACUGCGAGAAAGCGGAUAUUUUUUUUUGCAACUCAACUAAAUAAAAUACGGUUCCGUGUAGUUUGAAGUAGAUAUGAGUUCUGAGGUAGCUAAGUUCAAGUGCAAAGAUCGUUUCAGUUGCAAUUGAUUUGCUAGCCGACGGUGCGGAGAAAAGUGUAUAUAUAUAUAUAUUAUUUAAUUAAAUUCGUACUAUCGCGGCAAGGCAGUACCGGAGCGAAAGAAAAUUAGUGGAAAGCAAUGUUCCAUUGUUACAAAACAAGGCAGCAGUUACUGUUGAAACACAAAACAACCGUUCCAAGUUCCAAGUUGUGCACUACAAUACCUUGCAGUGGAGCAAACCAUCGAAGAAUUUGAACAGUAACCGGUCUGGGAAAUGUGUAAAUCAAAGUGAAUCGAAAAGAAGUGCUGUGUUUCUAGUGAGUCUAAUCCAAUAUCCCGUACGUGAGGAUACAAUAUUGGUAAUGCAUGAAUGAGUUCCUUGACGCGUAUGUGGAUGUCCGAUCUCUGCUCGACGGUGUGGUGUGUGACGGUGAAAAACUAGUGCCGGUUGAAAAUUUUAGCAACAUCAGUCCAACAUCAGUACGAACGUAAAAUGAGCUGGCUUCGGUCCAGCCCGUUGCGGCAAAGCUUUACCAAAUCUGUGGGUAACGCCGCUAGCGGUUCAGGCCGGAGCGGAAGUUCCACUAACGGAACUAUGCGAGCAUUCGAUGCGUCCGAGUGUGACCCAAAGGCGUGCUACGAUAGCUUCUGCAUUCACUGGCAGCAAGCGUAUGAGAUCAUCCAACGAGCGGAGAUCAAUCGUGGCCAUCCACACGACGACGUUCUCGGUGUUGUGACCCACUUAGAGCAUAUGGUCACUUUAUUGCUAGUGGAACUACAUCACUGUAAUAAGGUGAGCCUACCGGGGGCACCAAUUCCAUCCGCACCUUGCCUAGAACACCUACUGAGUGAGAAUCUGCUAGACAAGCUUUACGAAUGGGGUAUCAAAACAGGAAGAUACGCCAAUGCGGUUCGCCUUGAACAACUAAAGCUUUACGAGCAGCUCGUCAGUCACAGUCGUCAUCAACUCCUAGUCCACGAGCCGUUUCUAAGACCAUUACUUAAAAUAUUAGCAUCUAGCCAAAACGAAAUCUAUCCUCCCGAUGUAGCAAAGCGAUUAGUAAUUUUACUCAAUCAGCUCUGCGUAGUGCUCAUGCAAAAUGUCCACCUCCUUGAUUUAUUUUUCUUUUCUAAUGAGCAGCAAAACGGUACUGGAGGACAUACGAACUUUAUUAUCUUUUCGCUGCUCAUACCGUACGUACAUCGGGACGGAUCACUGGGACAUCAAGCCCGGGACGCGUUGCUGCUCUGCAUGGCAUUAUCCCAGAAAAAUUCCAAUGUGGGAACUUAUAUUGCCACCUACUCGUCGAUUUGUCCGGUACUUGUAACCGGGCUGGGAGGACUGUAUUCACGUUUGCCAAAUCAGAUUGAUAUCAAAACCAUCGACUGGUAUCGGAUAACAACGGACGAUGUGACGGAGAUGCCAGGCUUGACAUUGUUUAUGAACUCGCUAGAGUUUUGCAACGCAGUAGUCCAGGUCGCACACAGCAUGAUUCGGCAGCAGCUGUUGGAUUUUCUGUACCAGGGUUUCCUGGUACCGGUCCUCGGACCCGCUGUUCUACAGAUAUUUAAAGGUAGAGGUCAAUUACAGACAAACGUCGAGUCGCAGGUUUCAGCGAUGGCCUAUUUGGAUUUAAUUAUUCGCUCUGUCAGCGAACCCGGUUUGAUUCAAAUUAUCGUCAAAUUUCUGCUGGAUACAGAAAAGUUCGACGGUCAGCGUAUAUUGGAUGUACUGGUGGAUCGAUUAAAUAGUACAGAUUCAAGGCUUUGUAUGGUGGCAUUGUCUCUGUUUGACACCUUACUUAGUCUCAACUGCGAGGAUAUUAUGCUAGAACUUGUUCUGAAGUAUCUACUCAGCUGUCAACAUGUACCAAUAUCACAUCGUUACAAGGUAAAUCGUUUGGAUCCGUAUGGUCUGUCCGUUGAGCACUUUCUGAACAUCACUCCUGAAAUUAUGAAAAAGGUGAACAACGUAUUGAGCAUAAAUAAUAAUAAUACAAUGCAACCCGUCGGACUUGGUAGCUAUAGCAAUGGAAGGAAUAUUAGCAAAACCAUUGGUGCCAAUUGGAACCACUAUGGCCUAAAUACGGGCGAAACAUUACUUGCCAGCUAUCAGGCUUACUUACUGGAAGCUCGCAAUCGAAUUGGACAAUGCAAACAUGCCUGUGAUCAGUGGAAUAAUAUGUAUCGUUACCAAAAAUUGAGCAAAAAUUCAUUGAGCGGUAACACUAAUAGUCAAAACGGUAAUAGUAACAGCAAUAGUCUUACACCAACCAGCAUCAAUGGAACGACGGAUGACGUACGAACGUAUAAAGUACAAAUGAUCAAAAACUUUCUGGCAGAGUUCGUAACCGGACUGGACAGUGGCGUGCACUCGGACUACUCGGAUCGUUCAAGUCACUGUCAAUCACCAACAACGAUAUUCGGAUCGAGUGGACUUCAACCGGUGACCUCCCAUUUAACGGUAACGACGAAACAGUUGGACAGUUUGCAAUCUUUGGGCGAUAGCAGCGGUUACGAGAGUUUGAAUAUCACAAAUCUAUGUACCGGAAGCGAUGACGGCCGACGGAAUGACUCGUGGAAGAUUUCCAGCGUGAGGGAAGAAACCAUUGUGGAUCUUGAUUUAUCCGAGGACCUAUUUGCCCAGGGGACGAUCAGUUUAGGUCCCUUCUUGACGGCAAUAUGGGGUAAGCUGCAAACAUUCACCAGUAACUGUCUCUACGUGAACCUGCACCUAACUGGAUUGAUCAGUCAUUUGGCAUGGUUUCCUUUGCCGCUACUUCAUUCGAUUCUGCUGCGACCGGAUAUUCCUACCACAUCCGAUACACCUUCCUUCCAUCAGGUACUGAAAAUUCUCAAACAACAAAUCGACGCCGAACUGUCGGACUGCGACGAGUCGCUGGAAAUUGUGGACGUUGCGCGAUCCUUUCUGGUGGAUCGCGAGUUUCAGCUCAUUAACAUGCGCAAGAAUGCUAUCGAAUCGAAUACCGGCAGCAAGCUACCACUAAGCGUCACGGUGGCAAGCGUUCCGAUGACGUCUAGUAUGUCACAAACGACGCCAAUGCAGUUGACUCCGAGCUCGUCCUAUGAUCCGUUCAAACGAAACGACUUAAAGCGAAAAAGUAUAAGCAACUCGUUUUCCGGUUUCUUCCGCAGGCCGGGUUCUUCCGCUUCAUCCGGUAUAGCACAAGUAUUUCAAUUUUUUACUGGAGGAUCGAGCAGCAGUAACACGUCGUCAGGACAUUCGUCGACAAUAGCGAGUAGCACUCAGCUGCCAACAAAUUCUAAUGUGUCUAGCAGUUCGGCGAGUAGUGUCCGGCGCGGUUCCCGAGAAGCAGAAACACAGUUUGUAGAUCAUCCAAUCACGACAAGCAUUUCUGGGUCCUUAAAUUCACCCAACCCUGGAAGUGGCCACAAUAGCCUCGAAUACACAUCAAUCAACAUCAACGGAUCGGUUAUCGGAGUGGGAAGUGAACGGCAGCGGGAUCUGGCCGUUUGUGCCGUUAUACUGGAUGAAUGGCUCAAAGAACUGGCAGCCAUCACACAAGAACAGUGCAUUGUGAUGCUUUCGGAACAGGUUGAAACGCAACGAUCAGUUAGGUGUAGCUGAAAGCUACUAGGUGGAAAAAUAGAUCCCCUACGAAAGUUUGUCAAUUUAGUUGUAUGAAUAUUUUCGCUGAGCCAACACUUUCUGUUUCUUACGUUUGUUUUUAACUAAGCGCGCAGUUGGCCCACGUCUAAGACAAGACACACGAAAAAAAGUCCCCUCUAAUGUACACAAUGUUCCAUUUAAAAAAUGAGAUUUUUUUUUAAUAUUUAUUGUCAAUUAUGGUCAACAUUUUAUUUGUUAACUUUUCUAUAGUAAGUCAAACAAAUUCUGUUUUAUACCUUGAUUAUAUUGAAAAUUUAUAGCAGAUUGAUAUAACAUCAACAAAUUUUAGUUCAUGAAGGUAUCUCUCUCCCGUAACAUCGAAAAAAUUAACAAUUUUUUUUAAUGAAUUUAAAAUUAUAGUACUGAAUGUCUGUUGAAAAGAGGUUUUCAAGAUGAAUGUCAAAUAUGUCAAACAUAGAACCUUUCAUUACACACUUGUGUAAUCUAUUAACUUGAUGAUCAAAUCUGAUUAACAUUUUCAAUAGUAACCCUGUAUAUUAAAUGUGUAUCGAAGAACAAGAACCAUAUUGAUUAUUUUAUAUGAAAAUUCAACGAGUUCAACAGAACUCAAUGCCACUGGAAAAGCUAUAUUUUUUGUGAAAAUAUAUCUGUAUACAAUAGCAUAUUGAUAUUCAAGAGAGAGAUAAUCGAA